AUGGAGGCGUCCCGGUUCGGCUUCCAGACGGCGCCGGCGUUCAAGUUCGACCCGACGGACGCGGACCUCGUCGCCCACUACCUCCUCCCGCGCGCGCUCGGCGUCCCCGACCCGCCCUUCGCCCACGCCAUCAUCGACGACGACCCGGCCGGCCUCCCGCCGGCCGACCUGUUCGCGAAGCACGGCCACGGCGGCAGCCACCACGCCUUCUUCCUGCACACCGCCGCCGACGCGCCGGAGAGCCGCGAGCGCGCCGUCAAGGGCGGCGCCGGCGGCCGGUGGCGCGGCCAGAAGGCCUCGGUCGAGUCCGUCACCCUGGUGCACCCCGACGGCGGCGAGCUGGACAUAAAGUACAGGCGCUCUGAGCUCACCUAUGAACGCGACGCGGGAGAGGGGGAGAAGAAGGGGGAGGAUGGCGCUGGCGCCGCCGCGGACGCCACCGGCUGGGUCAUGCACGAGUACCAGAUCGUGUCGCCGCCGCUCCAGGCGACAGUACUCAGCCGCAUCAGCAAUGUCAGGGAGGACCGGCAGCCGGCUGCCGCUCAAAACUGA